UCUAAGCUGGUUUACCAACCGCCAAUAAACCAAUAAACCGACUUGGUCACGUGAAUCUCACAGCUGAUGGUGACGUCACUCGUCAACAUGGCGGACUGGAAUAACAGAGGUCACGGGUCUGUGGACGACAUGCUGGAUACUGAAAACAAGCGGCUGGCUGAGAACCUGGCCACCAAAGUCUCCAGACUGAAAUCUCUGGCAUACGACAUCGACAGAGAGGCUGAUGAUCAGAACGAGUAUCUGGACGGCAUGGACUCAAACUUCAUGAGUGCAACGGGUCUGCUGACUGGCAGCGUGAAGCGUUUUUCCACCAUGGUCCGAUCCGGCAGAGACAACCGUCGCAUCCUCUGCUACGUCUCCGGUGGCCUGGUCCUGGUCUUCUUCCUGCUUUACUACAUGAUCUCAAGAAUUCAAGGCUGACAGGGAAACCCUGAUCAGCCAGGAGCUGGUCCUGAGACUGUAGACUCUGAUAACCUGAUAUCUGACAGGAAAAGACUUUUUAUUAUGCACCAAAGUGAGAAAACAAAACAGGAAGUAAACAGAAAACAUGUUGUUGAAUCGUUGAACUGACCAGCAGGGGGUGUCGCCCAACUCAGCAGGUGAAAAACGGUGAUGGAUGUGGUCAUACCAAAAAAACUAAGUAUGCCUGGGACAUUUCCACUCUGCACCACCUUUGUCCCAGUCUGCUGCAGCCAGGAAGUCCUAAUAUGGGCAAAGAGAAGAUAAAGCCUAAAUACAGCUCGUGCACCCACCACAGUGGCGUGAUGAACCGGUCAUUCAAGACACGCUUGCCCCAAAACAUAUGUUCAUUACAGAGUAGCUCAAAGUUUGAUUGACGUCGGCUUGCAUAUUUUAUUAUUUCCUGUCGGUACGAAACAGAAACGUUUUUUAAAGAUGUUUUGUUUUCAAACAGCAAAAACAUUAUUAUAUGACAAUUAAUAUAUAAUGGUAUGUAGUGUGGAAUUGAGACACAGCAGCUGGUGAGAGCAGGAAGUGACACCACCAUCUGUUAUUGGCUGGUCCUCACUGCACCGGGUGAUGUCGCCAUGUGUUCGACUGUCAAUCAGUUGUUUAAUUUUCAUGUCUUUGUUCUGACACGUUAGCAUCUAAUGACAUGUUAUUGAUCCUGCAGUUGAUUGACAGGAGACAAGGCCACAGGCUAAAACUCCCACACAUACUGUAGCAUACUGAUUCUAGUUUUAAAAUAACACCUUUAAACAUCAGCAUGUUCGGCUGUUUUACUUUAGUUUGAUGAGCAGUUUUAGUUCAGUGUGUGUUUGUGGUAAACGCCUGUUUCCUUCUAGUAAUUAAAGGCACUAAAUUAAAUAUCCAAAGCAUUAAUAUAGCAUCAAACAACUAUUGUCUAUGUAAAAAUAUAGAGGAGGAAUGUCUACGUGAGCAGAGAAUGAAGUCGCUCUCCCUCUAUGUGUGUUGUAAUCCAAUCUUCUCUGUGCUUUGUUGACAUCGCCGGGCCGGCCGCGCGUGCUUUAAGUGCAUGUGAGCGUACCCCACUGGCUAGGUCACGGCCGCUGCUUUGCACUGCUCUCAUCGUCCCGACCAACGGCAUCGUCGUAGAAGCGCAGCACCCACCCUCCAGUUCCCCCUCAGAUAAACACUGUUAUCUAUGUCAGCACUUUCGCCGUUGUUUGCACUGUUAGCGCUGUUGACACCGGCUCAGGUGUCGCCAUUUUGAGAGCUGUUGAGAGGCAAUAGAAAUGCUCCCAAUCCCGUAUUUAGCACCUUUUAAAAUUAAAUGUUGGGACCUGUUCAGUUUA